AUGAUCGCCCUCGGAACCGAGCUCCAUGCGCAGGCAUACUUCGAGUAUGAUGCCAAGAAGAGCGGCGGUGUGACCAUCAGCCACUUGAGGUUCGGGCCCAAACCAAUUCACGCUCCUUACAACGUCCGCGCCGCCGACUACAUGGCCAUCCACAAAUCAAGCUACGUGCACAACUAUGACAUGACGCGUUACCUGAAGCAGAACGCCGUCUGUGUGAUCAAUUGCUCCUGGGACGUGAAGGAGUUGGAGCAGCAGCUGCCUGCCAAGAUGCGGCGGGAUCUGUCUGAAAAGAAGGCAAAGCUGUUCAUCAUCGAUGCUACCAAGAUUGCGGUGAAGGCCGGCCUGGGCAAGCGCAUCAACAUGAUCAUGCAAACCGUCUUCUUCAAGCUGAGUGCCGUCAUGCCCUACGAAGAGGCCGUGGAGAUGCUGAAGAAGAGCAUCAAGAAGAUGUAUGGCAAGAAGGGCGACAAAGUGGUGAAGAUGAACAUCGAUGGAGUCGAUGCUUCAAUCGCGGGCAUCGUGGAAUGCGAAGUUCCCGCUGCUUGGGCAUCCCUGGCAGUCGACACGGAGGCUUCCGACGCCAAGACCAGCACCGUCGCUUAUGCCAAGGGGCCCCGCAUGUUCCCCGAAGUGCAGAAUGCUUCGCAGUUUGCCGCGCAAGUGCAGAAACCUUGCAACAAUCUGGAUGGCAACUCUCUGCCGGUGAGUGCCUUUGUGCCUGGUGGCCGCGUGCCAUGUGGUACCAGUCAGUACGAGAAGCGUGGCAUUGCAAUCCAGGUGCCUAAGGUAGACAUGGACAAGUGCACGCAGUGCAACAAGUGCAGUCUGAUCUGCUCCCAUGCAGCUGUGAGACCAUUCCUGAUGACCUCUCAAGAGCUGGGGAAAGCACCGGCAUCGUUCAAAGAAGGCAGUCGUUCUGCUAUCGGAGGAG